GUUGCUCAUUCAAUGGGUGGGUCAAUCAGCUUUGCGAAAAUAACAAUCAUUAUUUUACCUUUCGCAUCACAGCUAAGCUCUGAGCUAUCACUUUUUCAACGUUACCCCACUCAACUCCUCCCAUCGGAUAUUUGAAUAGGCCCAAGCAACAAAAGCAGUGCAACGUAGACUACUCAACGUUACAACAUUACGACAAGAGCAAGUGGUUGGCUAAAUGACACGAAAGAUUGCUCGGAAGCGAGCACUCUUAGGCUUUACGGUCCUGAUGGCUAUCACUCUGGUUGUGAGUGCCAACAGUCCUAUUCAAGAUGGAGUUGACUCUGGAAUUCAGCAAUUGGAUCUUGGUGUUGAAAAAUUUCAGGACUAUGCAGAUUCUCAGGACAGACUUGAGACAGGCAAAAAACUGUAUCGAGAAGCUAUCCAACUUCUGGAGUCGUCUCCCAUCAAGAUUAAUCAGCGUAUGUUUGUCAAGCAGCAGUCGUCGCUUGCCAGGACCUUUUUAUCGAAUGAAUUGCAAAAACAAAAAGGGAUUCUCCCAACAGCAUUACGGUUGGUUACACAAGGAUUCGUGUCAUUUUUCAAACCGGCUGCAGCCCCUGAAGAUAGUUCUACUACAUCUUCAUCUUCAUCAAUGGAGAAGGGAAAAAGAACACAGCAGGAUUCUAACGCAAAGGCAAAUGCACCGAUCGUUCAGCGGCAUAGGGACCCGACGAUCGCAAUGGCAAUGGAGAUGCUACAAAAGGCUGGAUAUGAGUAUGAUAAUGACGACGCCCUUUGGACUCUAGGCAAUAUUUUCUUUCAUGGGUAUUAUAAGGCCAAGCGCGAUCUAUCUCAAGCUUUUGAUAUUUAUGCGACGCUGGCUGAUCGGUCUGGAAAUGCAACGGCACAACAAAUGGUUGGGUUUAUGUAUUCAACUGGGCUUGGCAAUAUUGUAGAGCGCAACGAGGCCAAGGCUGUCCUUUACACCACUUUCGCCGCCUUGGGUAACAACACGGCUGCAGAAUUAACUCUUGGAUACAAGUACAUGUUAGGCAUUGGGACUAAAAAGAGCUGUAAAGACUCAGUGAGUUACUAUAAGCGGGCAGCGGAUAAAGCUUAUGCAAUGUAUAUGAGUGGACCCCCACUGGGACGGACUAUGCCUCCGAUUAAAGUCAGAUUGACCGAUUCUGAAGGAGGCACUUAUGGCGCAGGAGCAAGUGGGCCAGGGGAGCCAUCAAAGAACAACAUAAAUAGCGAUAUUCAAGACUUUAUUGAGUUUCAUCGCUUUAUUGCUGAAGGUCAGAAUGCUCAGGCCAGAAAUGCACAGUAUCAACUUGGCAUUCUUUUCUAUACUGGCAAUGCAGGAGCUACGACCACCAUCCCUCGCGAUUAUCAAAAGGCGGGGAUGUAUUUUAGGCGUGUAGCAGAUGCUUUCUUCAAUGGAAAAGCAAACAGUAUUUUAGAGUCUAAGGAGCCAAGGACCAAAGAAAUCGAAGACAUGAUCAUCACGGCGGGUAUCACUGCAGCCUUAUUAGGGAAAAUGUAUUGGCGUGGCGAAGGAUACGAGGUGGAUGAGCAGCAGGCGCUCAACUGGUUUAAGAAAGGCGCCAUGUUGGAUAAUCAAGUAGCUCUCAACGCGCUGGGAACUAUGUACAUGAAAGGUGCUGCGGGACUUCCAGUUGAUCAUGAGAUGGCGAUUAAGUACUUCAAGAAGGCAGCAGAUCUCAAAUACCCAGAUGCACAGGUUAAUAUGGGAUUGAUCUACCUUAAUGACCCGAAGCACCAUACUCAGGCAUUUAACUAUUUUUUCGAGGCGGCACAGGCACAGAAUUUCCAGGCUGUGUAUCAUCUGGGAGAAAUGCAUUUUUAUGGUUUGGGAGUCAGCAAAAAAUGCGAAGAAGCUGCUAGAUAUUUCAAAUAUGUCGCUGAGCGAGGGGACUGGGGCGACAGACUUUUCCAAGACUCGUAUGAUGCCUAUCAGACUGGUGAUAUUGAGUAUGCUGCUAUUGGCUACCUUCAGGUUGCCGAGCGUGGGAUCGAGGUUGGACAGUCGAACUUUGCUUGGAUCGUUGAUCGAGAACUCCCUACAUCUCGAUAUAUGAAUAUGCUAACAUCGCCUUCAAGGACCGCACUCGCCGCAAUUGCUGAAUCUGCGCUCGUAAGCCUAGGUACUCCAUCGCGACUAUUGGAGAUGGCACUCGUUUAUUGGACAAGGUCUGCGAAUCAGGGUGAUGUGGACGCACGAGUCAAAAUGGGCGAUUACUAUUACACUGGCAUUGGUACUGAGGUGGAUUUUAAGAAAGCUACUUCCUGUUAUCAGGUCGCUGCCGAUCUAGAGAAUUCCGCAAUGGCAAUGUGGAACCUUGGCUGGAUGCACGAAAAUGGUGUUGGUGUCGCAAAGGAUUUUCAUCUCGCAAAGCGAUGGUACGAUAGAUCACUGACGACAAACCCAGGGGCAAGCUUACCAGUAACACUUUCACUUGCAAAAUUAAACGUACGAUACAUUUGGAAUUACUUGACAGGGGGAGAUACUGGCUCGGAUUCCUCAUUCUGGUCAAUCAGUGGGAAGUCACCUUCGUCCCCAGGCUCUGGAUUAAGGACAUCUGAUAACCGUGCUCAAGAUGCUAUAGAUACGCGAGCUAGAAGUGACAACACUGGUAAAGUAGCGGAUGAGAGCUGGGAUCUUGACAAGAUUAGUGAAAAUGGGAUCGACAAAUGGAGGAAUUUGAAGCAAACAGGCCCUGGGGACGAGGCUAAUGAAUAUGAUGAGACAGACCCAUUUUAUCACCAGCACCGACAAAGGCUGAAUGGAGAGGACGAUGGAGAAUUUGAGGACGAUUUGGUAGAGUCAUUAGUGAUUAUUGGGCUAUGUAUGGUCAUUGGAUACUUGAUGUACAUUCGACAAUUCAGGUUUGCAAACCAAAACCAGAACCAAAACCAGAACCAAAACCUAAACAAUAGACAUGGCCUUAACAACAACAACCAAGGCAACAACCGGCAGCCGCCCGUGGAAGGAUUACCUGGUGAUCCAAAUGCUCCUGGACGCUUUGCAUACUAUGCAGCCGGUGGAUAAUUUUUUGGCAAAAAAGAAGAGUAAUGCGGCCUUCAAAGAAUAAAAAGAAAG